AUGAGCGGUAGUAGCGUGCAGUCCCCUCGCGUAGCGGGGAAGGACGCUCAUGAUAGCGGAGUUAAAGCCGCGUCGCUGACUUCAAGUACGCUACUAGGUCCUAAUGUGCCGCAAUUUCCGGUUUUUGCGGACGUUGACGUGACGCAAUACGUGCAGCGGCACCGGCAGCGGCGUGUCGAAGCGGGAAAUGCGGCUAGUCAGCUCGACUUGCGAUCGGGGAGCGCGGGGUUCCGCCGAUACCAGCUGACGGGAAACGGGGGAGGCCAUUGCGCGCCCACCAAUGCAGCUGCUAGAACCUGCGUCGCCGCGGAAGCUGCUGCGCCGACUCCUCCGCUUGUCACCGUUCUGCGCGCAAGCUCAGCCCCUGGCCGCCCUAGUCAGUCCGCUGCUGCUGCUAGUAGUACGUGGGGGACCCGUCGCCUGAGCCCUUCUAGUUCCGCCCUCGCGGAAAGAGCGCAGAGCGAAGGGAAUGCUAUCGUCACAAUAGCCCCUGAAAAUGCCAGCAGCUGUGGCAGGCAUGAGAGCAGCGGCUCGGUCGGCCAUCUACGUCAGGCGGAUAACGAGGAGCGAAGCUCUCUGACUACGCGUUCCGGCAUUAUUCCGUCUCGCCGGCCGCGGGUGGACUCCGCCGCAGCCGUUACUCAGUGCCGGCCAGUCAACCCUGCCGGCCGGCCGGCAUCAGUAACCACGUGCGCCACUCGUCAACCACGGUCGGGCAGAACCGUGAGUUGCGCCGGAGGGAGGGCGGUGGGGCUGGUGAGAGCGGCGAAGGCGGAGAUGGGGGAGGAGGGGGAAGGAAAGGGGGAUGAAGAUGAUAGUGAUGGGGAAGAAGGGGAGGAUGGGGACGGGGAUGAUGAUGACGUGGUUCUCGCAAUGCCGGUCGGCAUAGUUCGCAGAGGGGUAGCUGGAGCAGCGCCGGGACGGGAUGGGGAGACGGAGACGGAUGGCCAGGAGGGCAGGGAAGAUGAGGCACAGGACGGGAAGGGGAUAAGGCGACACGCGCACAAAGUGGCUGCACAGUCGGAGUGCGCUGAGCAGUCAGAGCGGGUAGAAAGGGCAGAGCGGGCAGAAAGAGCAGAGCGGGCAGAGGAGUUGGUACGAGGGAGGGAGGGAGUGGCAGCAGAGGCGCAAGAGAGCAGAGCGGCAGCAGAUGAGGCGCAGGGAGAGGAUGAAAAGCGAUCGGGUGGUGUGAGCGCGCCGAGCCCUGCUGUGAGCGCGCCGAGCCGUGCUGUGAGCGCGCCGAGCCUUGGUGCUGCGACUGUUAUAGAUGAGGGGAGCAUUCGCGAGCAGCUGCAGCUGAUUGCAGAGGCCAUGGCUAGGCGGGCUGGACGGGAGGAGGCGCGGCGUAGAGAGGAGGGGCGGACUAGAGAGGAGGGGCGGAUUAGAGAGGAGGGGCGGACUAGAGAGGAGGGGCGGACUAGAGAGGAGGGGCGGACUAGAGAGGAGGGGCGGAUUAGAGAGGAGGGGCGGACUAGAGAGGAGGGGCGGACUAGAGAGGAGGGGCGGACUAGAGAGGAGGGGCGGACUAGAGAGGAGGGGCGGACUAGAGAGGAGGGGCGGAUUAGAGAGGAGGGGCGGACUAGAGAGGAGGGGCGGACUAGAGAGGAGGGGCGGACUAGAGAGGAGGGGCGGAGGAGGGGCGGACUAGAGAGGAGGGGCGGACUAGAGAGGAGGGGCGGACUAGAGAGGAGGGGCGGACUAGAGAGGAGGGGCGGACUAGAGAGGAGGGGCGGACUAGAGAGAAGGGGCGGAUUAGAGAGAAGGGGUGGAUUAGAGAGGAGGGGCGGAGUAGAGAGGAGGGGCGGAGUAGAGAGGAGGGGCGGAGUAGAGAGGAGGGGCGGAGUAGAGAGGAGGGGCGGGGUAGAGAGGAGGGGCGGAGUAGAGAGGAGGGUGGGAUUAAAGAGGAGCGCCAUGGAUACGCUGAGCUGGCAGGAUCUAUACGUGCACUGUGACGUGGCAGACCUGUGGCAGGAGGCUCUUGGCAAGAGAGCCUAUGGCCUUCCUCCAAGGCCCAAACGGCCACUGCAAGCAGCACAGCCUGUGAAAGGAGACGGGCGAGUGAACCCACCAAGGACAAUAAGGCAGAAGAAGCCAGUGAGGCCAAUAAGGCCAGGGGACGCAAUGGGGCCAGCACCGCUUGUGCGACCGUGGAGAUCGGACAGGGUUAUGAGGUCACCUGAGGGCAUUCGGCCUGCUCCAGGGUCUGCUGCCAGGCGAGCCCUCACUGUUGCUGCUGUCACCGGUAGUGAUGCUGUCACUGGUGAUGCUGUUACCGGCCAUGCUGCUGCUGACGGGGAUGGUGAUGCCAGCAGGGGAAGCAGUGAGGGUGACACCGCUAGUCCGGGACCUGCUGCCAGGCGAGCUCUCGCGGUCACUGCUGUCACUGGCUCCGCUACUGCUGCCAACGGGGCUUCAACCGGUGGUGCUGGUGGUGGUGGUGGUGGUGGUGGUGAUGGCAGUAGCGGCCAUAGCAUCGCCACGCAUGGGCGAUCUGCUAACAGUCUGAAUGCUGCUCUCGCGAGGAUGCGGAGCGCUGUCCGAGAGGCAGCUGCUGGGGAGGUUGUAAUGCUGCGGGCUGAACGGAAACUUUUGCCUGCUGCCCAAGCCAUGACUUCUCUUCCCAAGAGCCAAGCAGGUGGUGGGGGCAACGAGGCCUUCUUACGAGGUGAUUCGAACCCGACAAUGAUCGGUGGAUGA